AUGCCAGCUCCGCCCACUGAGGCCAGCAGAAAUCUCUCCCAAGCAGAAAUUCCCUACGAGAAGAUGGAUUUUCGGCACUUUCGUAAUCGUAGUAAUCGAACAGUUCUUUUUGCUUGUAAAAUCACUCCUAAUUUAGACCAAACUAUUCGCCGCCUAUCUCUCCAAGAAAACCGCAUGAUUGUAGAAAUAUUUGAGGAAGCACUUGAUUUUUAUUUAAAAAAUAAAGGAAUAAAUAUGAACACAGAAACCAAUAACAAAAAAUCAAAACAAUUAGAAAAACUAAUUAGUGAACGAGACAAAACAGAUGGUGAAAAGAAAACCAAAGAUGCCAAUGCGACUAAUCAUUUUACCCCCAGUAGUGGUCAACUGGAUAAUCUUUACAAAAUCAAAGUUAACAACUCCGAAGUAGAAACCACCGAAGAACAAAUAAUCAGCACUAUUGCUUAUAUAGUCCAGGCUCUUAAAAAUGUAGAUGCCGCAGAUUUCACCGCUAAGUAUAACGCUAAGCAAAGCGAUAGCAGUAAGCAAACUAAGGUCAAAGACUAUUUAACCCGCCUCCAACAGCAAGAAAUAAUUGUUGGUAGUGAUAAAGAUAAAUUCUUCGAGUUCAUAGAAUUAGUUCACCAGCAACCUUUUUUAAAAGAUUUAGAUGCUGACAAACAAAAACAGCAAUUAAAAGAUUAUGGCAUUAAUAUUGACCCUGCUAAAACCACUCUUUAUAAAACCGAUUCAGAAAAGCAAACCCUAGCAGUCGGAACAGGAAUUGGCGAUAACGGAAUGGUGACAGACGGAACUUACACUCUCCCGGAAAGUUUAGACAGCAUCCAAGUAGUAAAAGACCAACUAGAAAUGGAAAAACUGGGAGCCGCAGUUAAAUUAAUCGAACUUAAAAAGACUAUUGAAGAUAAAACCCAAGAAAGAAAUACUAAACAGGGGGAAAUUACUGCUAAAGAAACUGCUAUUGACGCUUUAAUUAAAGAGAUAAUUGCUAAAAAACGCGAAACAUUAGCUUCUUAUAACCUAAAAAUUCGCUACUUAGAAAAUGAUGGCGAUGCUACCGCUAAUAGUUCAGUAACUGAGGAAAAUACAGCUUUAACUGAAAUUGAAAGCAUAAGAAACAAACUUCUGGUUGGUAAUCUUGAUUACUUUUUAGUGGAUACUUUCCUCUUUUUGGCUCUUGCUGGUGAUAGUAAAUUGGAUAUCCAACAAGCCAUCUCCCGGGUGAAGGCAGGCAAAUAUACCGAGGAUGAUAAAGAACAUGACACUUCUAUUUAUGGGGGAUUAGCCCG